UGGAACAAGCACCACCACCAGCGGCUCCGAAAGACGAUGCAGGCUACACUGCGGUUAGGGGGCUCCUCGGUCGCCCGGGGGCUCCCGCGGAGGUCUCGCCCUCCUUCGCUGGCGGCGCUCUCCUCUGCCUGGGCGGACCCCACGCCGUGUUCUCACAACGGAUUUGCCGGUACCUCGGCAGUGACCUUCGGAUCCCGGCACCACCUCGGCUCGAAGGCACCGGCCGCGAGCCCUCCCGUCCACGCCACCCCGCACUACAUGGACUACGACACCCUAGUGGACAUGCACCUCAUCACGCGCCAGAGCUUCGGGAACCGGCCCCUCUUCGGGACCCAGAAAGGAGACAAAGAUUCGCCGUUCGAGUGGCUCACGUACAAGGAGUUCGGCAAGCAGGUGGAUCGAUGCCGAGCCGCGCUGGCCAGGCUAGGGAUCACCCACGGCGACACCGUGGGGAUCAUCAGCAACAACCGGGAGGAGUGGGCCGUGUGCGCGUACGCCACGUACUCCCUAGGCGCAGUAUUCGUGCCCAUGUACGAGGAACAGCGCCCUCAAGACUGGCGUUACAUUCUGGAGGACUCGGGAGCCAAGUGCCUGUUUGUGGCGACGAAGGGCAUCUACAGCGAGACCUUCCACUUCGCCGGAGUGCAGGGCAACGUGCAGAACGUGUUCUGCUUCGACCAGCCCGCCGGACAGCCCGGGUCUUUCAAGGACCUUCUCGAUUCUAGUGCUGGUGAGGGCGCUGUUGGGAGGGGAGGGAAAACGAUAGAGAAGGGAAGGACAGAGCUUCAUGCGCACCGAAACGCCGCUUUCCGUCUUAUGGUGGAACAAGUCGGCUCAUUGUUGCGCUCUCCGUUCGUCGCCGCUGCCGCCGUGCCUCUUGCUCUACGCGAUCUUGAAGAGGAGAAGGUGCCGGCGUACAUUCCUGACCCUAGCGAGCUGGCGACGCUCAUCUACACGUCGGGUACCACGGGCAAGCCGAAGGGGGUGAUGCUGUCGCACGGCAACAUCAUCUCCAACAUUGUCGGCAUCAGGGCCAUCCUGCCCGAGGACCUCGUGUCCUGUCACGAUCGCUCCCUCAGCUUCCUGCCGUGGGCGCACUGCUACGGGCAAACGGCGGAGCUCCACGCGCUGAUGGCUCACGGCGCCUCGAUGGGCAUCUCGAGGGACGUGACGGCACUGCUGGAACAACUAGCUGAGGUGAAGCCGACCCUGCUGUACGCCGUGCCGCAGCUGUUCAAGAGGGUCUGCGACGCCAUCCACGCCAAGGUAGCCGAAAGCAGCCCGACCAAGCAGUACCUUUUCAAGAGGGCGCUUCAGACGGCCCACCGGCGGAGGAAGCACAUCGAGGCCGGGGAACCCGUGGGAGCCGCCCUUGAGCUGCAGCACCGCCUUCUCGACCAGGCCGUGCUGAGCAAGAUCCGGGACAGGUUCGGCGGCAACCUCAAGGUGUCGUUCGUCGGUGGGGCGGCCACCAACAUGGAGGUGCUCAACUUCUUCGAGAACAUCGACAUCAAGAUCCUCGAAGGAUACGGCCUCACCGAGACAUCCCCGAUGGUAACCGUCAACACGCCCGAACAGGAAUUCCGAAGGCUUGGGUCGACGGGACGCUGCUUGGCGGACGUGACCGUCAAGAUCAUGAUGGGAGGGGAGGAGAUGCCCGCUGGAGAGGAAGGUGAGGUCUGCGUUAGCGGGCCCAACGUGAUGCAGGGCUACAACAACCUCCCGGAGGCAUCCGCGGAGGUGCUGUUCGACCUCGACGGACAGAGGCAAGCGGGAACAGGAUUCGAGACUGUGAUUCUUGCCACCGUGUCAACGUUUUUUUCGAGACUAUGUCCCGUAUCUUACGCCCAAACACGCCUGAUUGGCACGGCGUGGAAAACCAUCGAAUCCAGGUACUUCCGCACGGGAGACCUUGGUCGCAUGGAAGACGGGACGUACCUGCGCAUCACCGGGCGCAUCAAGGAACAGUACAAGCUUGAGAACGGAAAGUACGUGGUGCCUGGGCCCAUCGAGGCGGCCAUGACGUCAUCGACCUACAUCACGCAGGCUCUCGUGUUCGGAGACAACCGUCCCUUCAACGUCGCCCUAGUCUUUCCCGACUGGAACCUCGUGAGGUCCUGGGCGGAGAGCAAGGGGAGGGCCAGCGAAGGCACGUCGCUGGAGGAGCUGGCUUCGAUGGACGUGGUCAAGAACCUCAUCGCCGGGGAGAUCGCGCUCUCGCUUGACGGUUUCAAGAAGUACGAGAUGCCCAGGACCUUCGAGCUGCUCGAGGAGGGCUUCACGAAGGAGAACAACAUGCAGACGCAGAAGCUCAGCACCAAGCGGCACGUGGUCAUCAAGCAUUACCACGACACCCUCAUGCACAUGUACGGGGACCGGGUGCACCAGAACCACCUCCAAGAACAGGCCGCCUGACCACCUACUACCCGGUGAUGGUUCAAGAUUCGGCAGGAGGACCCCCCUUGCAACGUCUUGGGGAAUCAAUAUGGGGGUAUUGCGACUGGGCUUGAGGUUUACGAAUCAUGCAUUCACCACACAGAUCGACUGCUUGGGG